AGCGCUUUGGCACUGCAUCCGUUGCACGUGACGGCGUGAGAAUCACAUUCGCGUAACAGGUGACGCUUUGCUAGCGCUACGGGACCAACGAAGCCGCAACCCAGUGUGGAAUUACAGCAGAGCACAUUAAAUUUGUCCACCUGACUGGGCUGGAGAGACAAUCUUCCAACGUUGCAUUCCUGGACCGUUUCAUCAUCCAACGGGCACCGCCCGGUGGUUUCCAGGAUCUUUUGAUAACAGAGUUGGCACACAGCGUGGGAACAGUCCAGCAGAUGGGUCCCGGUGGAACCCUCGGUCGACACUCAACACCCAACCGCGACGACAACAUGACGGAUGCGGAUGACGAAAUCCUCGAGAGCCUCGUGAAGACAGCGACGGCGAAGCCAGGCCAGAACGAACCGCGCUUGCGUAAGAAGGCACGUUACGGCGACCGAAAGUCUUGUCCCGGUGGAACCCUCGGUCGACACUCAACACCCAACCGCGACGACAACAUGACGGAUGCGGAUGACGAAAUCCUCGAGAGCCUCGUGAAGACAGCGACGGCGAAGUCAGGCCAGAACGAACCGCGCUUGCGUAAGAAGGCACGUUACGGCGACCGAAAGUCUUUGCGCCGUACCCUGAAGAGCGGACUGGACCUGUCGGAAGAGGAGCGUCGAUUCUUGAGGGCAAUGUCCUCGUAGUCAGCUGCAAGUCGUAGGACCGAGUCUUUCAUCGGAAAUGUCUGUUCACGUGACAUGCACACUUAGGACGGUUGUUUUUUUUUAAAUGAGACGGUGUUUCCCGCACUCACUCUAGCUGUGACAUCUGUGCUGUGUAUUUACUAGCUGACACCUUCUUCAAAUUUAGAUAGUAAUUCAAAUUAAAGGGCCACUAAGGUGAAGAAAUUUCUGAGCGCGGAAUCAAAGGUGCCUUUACUCCGACUCAAGUGUGUAGAGAAUUCAUUGCGUUGUUUGUGAUUCGUUUAUUUUUUAUUUUAUUUUAUUUUUACUUCGUAAUACUGCUGACUCUUCUAGGAGCCGUAGCAACAGCGACUAUAUGACAACAGUAUGUUUUGUGCAUAAGGAGACAAGUGCUACUAAUUCCACUACAAUCUACCGGUGUGAAUUCGGCACAUACAGCAGCAACUAUGUGUGAAAGAAAGCGCAAUUUACGCUUACCUCAGAUUGACCACCUCAAAGUAACCUCAAGCGAUGAUUUGGUGAAAAUCGUUUGAGCAGGAGAGUAUAAAUAACCGUUUAUUUCACUCAUAAAUCACAAACGACACAACUUAUGAAUCCCUUUCCCUCUGUAGUGGUGUCAGAGUAGAGUCAUAUUUUGCUCUGCGAGUUCAAAUUUUUGCGCUUCAGUGCCCCUUUAACCGCGCGACUGCACCGUCAGUCUUUUAACUGUCGUUGUAACUUCAAGGUAAUAGACCGGUCACUAUCUGCAGAGCUUCCUGGGAGUCUAGAACAGCCUGGGGUCUAUGUGGGUCUAUGUGAAUCCGUGAGAUGGACCGAAUCGUGUCACAGCUAGUUCAGUGCAGGUGUUUCUUUCUCCCUCUCUCUCUCUCUCUCUCUCAACAGCAUGUGGUAUGACAUUCUUACGUUACGUUACUUUUCCUAUGUCCCUUACUGUUACGUUUGCUUUUCUUAUGUCUUUUACUUUUGCGUUUACUUUUCCUACGUCCUUCUCACGGGAUCUCAUCCAUCGAGCAGGCACCAAGUGCUGAAUCUUCAGAUAUUUGAUUGUGUUUUGCUGUUUUUUUUUCCUACAAUUAGUGUCUCCGAUUGGAAAGUUUACUUUUUUUUUUUUACGUAGACACAUGGCUGCAAAAGUGAAACCAAUAGAUCUGUGACGAGUUUUUUCCUAUGAGCACACAAAUCAUUACAUUCAUGACGCCUCGAACCACGACUGAGACUGCUGUAAUGUGACUUUGUGGUUUUGAAACUUCUGUGACAAAAAAAAAAAAAAAAAAAACUUCUGUGUUCUUGUAAAAAAAUCUGUGGGAAAGGCUAUGCCAUUUCAGAAUACUUUGAUUCUAUGGGUUACUCUAGUUUACUCUUGGAAACGUGAGCAGCCAAGUGCACUACAAUAUAAUUGUCUCUUCGUGAUUUAUGUUCUCACGUGUUGCACAUUUCAUUCACGUAUAACACACUACAUGGUCACAAUUGUACUGGUGUGCAAAUAUGUGUGUGAACUAGUAAUAUCGAA